UCGUUAAAGUGGCGUCGCUCGGCCUGUCGGCGGUUAAAUGAUGCGGAUAUAUGUUAAAUGUUUUAUCUUCAAAUUUCAUACUGGAUAUGUGGGAAUGUGUCACGAUGCUUAUUCUACAAUACGAUUUCAAUCUUUCUGUAAAUAGCCGGAGGUUGUCUCGCGCAGCUUCUCUAGAAAUUGCGUAGUCUUGAAAUAAUAAUCAACUGUUCUGACCGAACCCUCUACCAUAACAACCAAUCAAUCUGGGUUACUAGGAUCCAGCAAGUAACGUCUGAGUCACAGUUUCUUGCCCUGCAGUGCAGUGCCCUCUAGGCGUGGUAUUAUUUCUGGAGAAACGAAAACGAAAACUAGCAAGCAUUUAUAAAGCCGCCCCCUUUGCUGGCGCAGUCACACACUCGUCUGGGAGAAGACACCUCGAUAGAACUGACUGGACCUUUCUACAAGUUCAAUGCUAAAGUAGGCUACUGUAACUUAUUGUCAAGGACAUUUCUGUAAAGGGCAACAUCCGUUUCGAGAGACGGGAAACUUCCUCGAACGCGGAAAUGAAGAAAUGAAGCGGUUCCUAAAGAGGGCGCACUUUUCCUUUGGCAGAAGUCAUUAAAAUAAUGCUGCGCACGGCUUCAAAUGACUGCAAAAAAUAACCUGUGUUACUAACCUGGAAAUCAACAACUGCCACAUGAAAGGCGAUGGAAAGACUGACUUUUAGUGCAGGCAGAAGAGGGCCUCAUAAUGAUAAUGAUACUGGCCAACAUGAAAACAGGCAUGGACAAAGAGGCCAAUCGGGACAAAGACGAGGAGGCUUGCUGGGAGAAAGAGCAAGAGAGCAAGACGUCAGAAGAAGAACACAAAGUCAAGGGAGUAGUCCAAGAGAUGCAGACAGACAGAGAGGAGGAAGAGGAAGAGGUGGAAAUACAGGUGGAGGUGCUGAAAGGCAGAGAUUCGAAGGAGGCAGAAAUGAACAUCUAGGUGGAGCUGAAAGACAAGGAAUGAGAGCAGGGGCAGCAGGAAUAGGUGUAAGGAGAGGAGGACAUGUUGGAGACAGAAAGGAAGGAAGGGGCGAAACAAGAGAUGGUGCAGGUCCAAGUCCUCGUAAACUUGGUUAUAAAACACUGGAAGAACUUUCCAAACAGGAGCCGUCUAUUGUGGCCAUUACACUCUCUUCAAACCCUGGCUUUCAAGUGCUGCUUGCUGAGACACCAAUGAGACCAGACCUCAUCCAGCUUGUCUGCCUGGUGCUAAGCAAAGCCUUUACUUCAAGGACAGAACGAGGCACCCGGCAGCACCUGGCUGACAUCAUAAAAGAGUCAAAGUUCUUAGGCACCACCUUGCUUCAUUAUGUAGGAGGCAUGAUGUCUGACUCCAACCCUACUCGUAGAUCACAAUACCCGCACCAUCUGGAAAAUAUCCUAGCCAUUCUCUCAGAGGUGGUAAGUAUCUUCCCUGCAAGUUCUGUCAGGACAGUGAAUAUGCUAGUGACGAUGGUCCAAGCCUCUGUCAACACCCUGAGGGCAUCGGGUGUAGACAUCCUGCCUAAAAUAGAGGAAAAAAUGGAAACUCUGAAGGGCCUAAUAGAACAUCUCCAGGAGAGAUCGAGAAAGGGUACCCUCCGUACGGAUAGGGACACGUAUGCUCUUCUAACUGAUGGUGAUGAUAACCAAGGUGAAGAACAGGAAGAUUUCAGGAAUAUACCUCUCUACCCAACUCCUGAGGAGUUCCAGCAGAACCACAGGCCAUUUCUCAGACCCAACCUCACUUCCCAAAGAUACACAAACACCCACCUUUACCUUGAUACACACUUCCGGCUGCUCAGAGAGGACUUUGUGCGACCACUCCGCGAGGGAAUUCAACAGUUGCUCCAGAACGAGAUGGACAGGGGAAGGAAUGAUAACCCAAUGAAGAUGAAGCGCUUUGAUGACAUUCGUGUGUAUUCUGACACACACUUGGUGGUGCCCAAGUGCACACAGACUGGUCUCGCCUACAUUGUCCAGUUUGAUGUUCAGCCACUUAAGUUUGUGCGCUGGCAGAACUCCAAGAGGCUGCUCUUUGGUUCCCUGGUCUGCCUGUCCUAUGAUAACUUUGAGAGCUUCUUGUUUGCCACAGUGUCUGAUCGAGAACCCAAAGACCUGGAGAAAGGGCUGGUCCAGAUUACCUUUACAGAGGAAAGCAGAAUCAAGUUGGCCAGAAUACAGACUGAUCAGUUUUUUCUGAUGGUUGAGACAACUGCGUACUUCGAGGCCUAUCGAUAUGUUCUGGAAGGCCUAAAGGAGCAGACUGAGGAAGAUUUGCCCUUUCAGAGAUACAUUGUGGAGUGUUCUACUGAUGUGCAACCACCAGCUUACCUAAGAAGAAAAGAUGUUUAUAACCUCUCACCUGUUGCCAAACCUGAACACAAAAACAGCAUCAGGCCAUUUAGCAGCCUGGACACAGAGGCCUGGCCUGACAUGGAAGAAUUGGGCCUGGAUGAGUCUCAACUGAAAGCCUUUCAGCUUGCCCUCACCAAGGAGCUGGCAAUCAUGCAAGGACCUCCUGGCACUGGAAAAACAUAUGUUGGCCUAAAGAUUGCUCAGGCUCUGUUGACCAAUCAGGAACUCUGGAACAACGGCGACCCGGCUCCAAUGCUAGUUGUGUGCUAUACUAACCACGCUCUGGAUCAGUUCCUUGAGGGCAUUCAUAAAUUUCUGAGCGACGGCAUCGUGAGAGUGGGAGGUCGCAGCAACAGUGAGAUCCUGAAAAAGUUUAAUCUGCGUGAGCUGACCCACUCACAGAACUUCAAACGUACGCUGCCACCACACCUUCGUACUGCAUAUAAUCAGAUCUACAGGCAGCUGUGUGAGGAGGAAAGGGGAAUCAAAAACCAGAGCAUGAAGCUUGAGUGUUCUCUUAAAGGGGUGAUGCGCGAAACCUUUCUUCAGAGGUUUAUUUCAGAUAUACACUGGGAAAGUCUCAUCUCCCCCCCUAUAGAGGACAGCUUUGAGACUGUGAAGGGAAAGAACACCAAUGUGAUGAUGGAGUGGUUGGGUUUGGGAUUGACUCACUUCCAGCAGAGGGAGCCAGAGACUGCAAAAGGAAACGACGCAGAAGAAGCAGUGGAGGAGGAAGAUGACCUCAUUGAAAUUGCAGAAGAGGCAGAGCUGAUCCAAGCAGAGCGGAUGAUUGACGACGGCUGGACAAUUGGUCCCAGAGCUGACAGAGAUGACAAGAAGAAAGGCAAAGUGGAUGAGAGUGUCAGGGAAGUGGAAGAACUGAUGCUGGCUAUGAACCUGGACAACAUUGAUGUACGGGUUCAGCAGAGUGAAGAAGCAUGGCAGAUGCAACGGGACCAGAGGAGAAAGAUGAAGAACAAAAUCAAAAAAGAGAUUGGGAAGAGUUCAGUUAUGACUGAGCAGGAGGAGAAUAAUAUUUUAAACAUUUGGAGUCUUAAUCUGGAAGACAGAUGGAGACUUUACCGGUUGUGGGUUACACGAUACAGAAUAGAGCUUCGUACCAAAGCCCUAGAGUCUGAGCAGGCGUACCAAAAUGCAGUGGACAGACUGGCUGAUGUCAAACGGCAGGAGAAUCUUCAUAUCCUCAAGAAAGCAACGGUUAUCGGCAUGACAACAACAGGGGCGGCUAAGUUCCGUAAAGCUCUGCAGGAAGUACGUCCAAGUCUUGUGAUUGUUGAAGAGGCUGCAGAGGUCCUGGAAGCGCACACCAUCACCACACUGAGCAAUGCCUGCCAACACCUCAUCCUCAUUGGCGAUCACCAGCAGCUGAGACCAAGUGCCACAGUGUAUGAUCUUGCUAAAAACUUCAGCCUGGAAAUGUCUAUGUUUGAGAGGCUGGUGAAAAUGGGACUGCCUUACGUGAGACUAAACUAUCAGCAUCGUAUGAGGCCGGAUAUUGCUCGUCUUCUGACCCCACACAUUUACUCAGAGUUGGAGAACCAUCCCUCUGUGUUUGAAUAUGAAAACAUCAAGGGCCUGAACACAAAUCUAUUCUUUUUGGAGCACAACCACCUAGAGGAAGAUAUCAAAGAUGGAAGAAGCCAUCAGAACAGUCAUGAGGCAAAAUUUGUCGUUGCUCUGUGCCGGUACCUCCUCCUCCAAGAGUACAAACCAGAACAAAUUACUGUACUUACGACCUACACUGGCCAGCUUCACUGUUUGCGCAAACUAAUGCCUGCCACUGACUUCUCAGGGGUCAGAGUACAUGUGGUGGACAAGUACCAGGGAGAAGAAAAUGACAUUAUUUUGUUGUCUCUUGUUCGUAGCAACCCACAAGGAAAAGUUGGCUUUUUAAACAUUCCCAAUCGUGUCUGUGUAGCUUUGUCACGCGCUAAGAAAGGCCUUUACUGUAUCGGCAACAGCGAGAUCCUAAGCAGAGUGGAACUGUGGAGCAAUAUCUUCCACACUUUGAGGGAGAAAGAGCAAGUUGGAAAAGCUCUGACGCUGUGCUGCCAGAAUCAUCCAAAUCGCCAAGUCAAGGCUUCAAACGCAGAGGAUUUCAAACAGGCACCUGAGGGGGGAUGCACCCAGCCUUGCCAGUUUCGCUUGGAUUGUGGCCAUGUUUGCCCAAGAGUCUGUCAUCCCUAUGACCCGAAGCACAAGGAGUUUAACUGUACCAAGAACUGUGAGAAGAUUUUAUGUAAUCAGGGGCACAGGUGCACACGUUUGUGCCAUCAAGUAUGUCCAAAGAAAUGUCCAGUGAAGGUUGAGAAGAUCAUACCUCAGUGUCAACACAAACAACAGGUUCCUUGCCACCAAGACCCAGUGACAUUUACAUGCCAGGACCCUUGCCUUAAGCUGCUUCCCUGUGGACAUGGCUGCGAUUCAGUCUGUGGGAGACCAUGCAGCACUAAGUGCAUAGUGACAGUCACUUUACGACUUAGUUGUGGACACAUCCAGCAAGGUGCUUGUUUUUACAAAACAGGCAAAGAGCAGCCUGAAUGUAGGGCACCAUGUAAGCACCAGUUAAAAUGUGGGCAUAACUGUUGCGGUACCUGUAGCAAGUGCUUCCAGAGGCGCUACCACACCCCCUGCGCUCGACGAUGUGAACGUCUUCUGAUCUGCUCUCACAAGUGUAUGGAACCUUGCACUCGUGAUUGCCCCUCUUGUGAGAGGCCCUGUGAAAACUGCUGUGUCCACAGUAAGUGUAUGAGGAAGUGUGGACAACCAUGCGCUCCCUGCAUUGAGCCCUGUGUCUGGAGAUGUCCUCACCAUAACUGCACGAAACUUUGCCAUGAGCCAUGCGAUCGUCCACCGUGCACUCAACAUUGUACAAAGACCCUGAAAUGUGGCCACCCAUGCAUUGGUCUUUGCGGAGACAAAUGUCCAAGCAAAUGUCGCUUCUGUGACCAUGAUGAUGUCUUAGAGAUUUUCUUUGGCACUGAAGAUGAACCUGAGGCUCAUUUUAUUCAGUUGGAAGACUGUGGACACAUCUUUGAAUCUACAGCUAUGGACCAAUGGAUGUCUAACGCCAACCAAGGACCUGAAGAAGAGCAGGUAGCAAUAAAUCUAAAAGAAUGUCCAAGGUGUAAAACUCCAAUACGUAAGAAUCUGCGCUACGGAUCACACAUCAACCGCAGUCUGGCUGAGAUAGAGAUGGUAAAGAAGAAGAUAAAUGGAAAGCAGUCAUAUAUUGAUGAAAAAAGAGGAACCCUUCAAAAUCAAUGGAUUGAAAAUCUUAUAUUUGGUGAAAUGUACGUUGGAAAAGAGUAUAUGGAGAUCCAAGAAAAACUUGAAAAAACUUAUCUGACAACAAAUGAUCUGUGGAUCAUGGAAAACAAGAUUGAUUUUCUGAUCAGAGUUGCAAAGCUUCUAAAAGUUCAAAAGGAAAAAAUGUUAUUCACAGAUGGCAACAUGUUUCGGCAGAGUGUCAAUCAGUUCAUGUCUUGGCUCAAUAACACAAACCAAAAGUUCACAGACCAACAAGUCUUUGAUUUGCAGAGAGAGCUACAGAGACUCAACUUACUGGCUGAACUCAAUGCCCGUUGUCACAUUGCAGACACAAAAGGCCAGAUGAGUAUAAUGCAGUCUGAAGUUCAAGAAAUCAGACAUGCCUUGGAGAUGCCUGGCCCGUUCACUGAGCUAGAUCAACUAAAUGUGAAAGAAGCCAUGAAGAGACUGGAUGAAAAGUUUCCAGUCACGGGCUUGGGGAUCAGUGAAGAAGAGAGAAAGAUGAUCGUCUCAGCAAUGAAAAUGCCACCGGGCCACUGGCAUAAAUGUCCCAAUGGCCAUGUCUAUGUUAUUACAGAGUGUGGAGGAGCUAAUCAGAGAUCCAAUUGUCCUGAUUGCAAAGCUUCUAUUGGUGGAGCAAACCAUAGACUGGACAGUGGCAACGAGGUUGCCACAGAAAUGGAUGGAGCCCGGUAUUCUGCUUGGUCUGAAGCUAAUAAUAUUGUGAACUUUGAUCCACAGAACAUCUAAAAAGCAAUGUUAGAAACACCAGAAAUUGUAUUUGCUCUUAAAACGUAAAACUCCAUGUAAUCACUUGUGCUGAAUACUGUGACCUUUGUUUAACAAGUGUUAGCCUUUAAAAUAGGUAUUCAUUAAUGCACAGUAUGGCAGUCUUCUUGCAUCAAAUUUACUUUUAAAACUCUUUAUUCAAUUUUUAAAUUUAGCUUUUUAUUGUGCUACCUGUUUUUACCUCUGCCAAAUAAAAUGUGCUCCUCCAAACUCACAAGAUGUGAUUUAGUUUUAAAAAGUUGCUCCUAUAUAAGUUGCUUAACAACAGAAGAAUGAAACAUUUAAUGCACGACUAUAAAGGAUAUUUUUUAGUAUGUCAGUAACACCUGCCCUGUACCCUAACAAUAGGUGGCAGCAGAAUACUGUAGAAUAAUAAAAUGUUUAUAGAAAUGAGUUGUAAGGCAUGUUUUACUUUUUUUUCAUAUCAAAUAAAAAAAAAAAAUUAAACCUAUAA